AUGAAAAAAGAGUAUAAGGAAUACAAUGAGAAGAACUUCCGGAACAUGCAAUUUAUUUACGAUUUUUUGGAUAAGAUUGGAAUGAAAAAUAGUGUGGAGACGUUGAAGAACGAAAGCAAAAUAAAUUACGUAAAGGAGUAUGAUAAAUAUUUUCUGGAGAAAGGCAGAAACCAGGACGAGGAUGAGAACACUCGAGAUGAGGAAGUAGCGGACAAUUUAAGCAUCAUCCCAAGUGACAACCGAAGUGGGAACCGAAUUGACAGCCUCAGUGAAAACCUCAGUGACAACUUCAGUGACAAUUUGAGCGACGACUUAGAAAUCGAUCGCGACUUUUUUAUCCACACCAUUGAAAAAAUGAACAAUACAGUUUUGUGUAAAGCUAUAGACAGCUUCGAAAUCGAAUUAAAAAGUAGUAGCAGGAGUAGUCAGAAUGCGAGGGAAAAGGAGAAAAAAAAAACGGAGAGUGCAGAAAAGGGAAACAGUUUCCAAAACAGGGGUACUUUCCCCGACUAUAAAAAAAGUUUCACAGCAACUGCAGGUGAUAACCGCGUCGGGAUGAAAAAACACCAUAACGCAUGUAGUCACGAUAGUGUGCAAAGUGACGGUACAAAUUGGAGUGAGCACGCGGGAAUUUCUGACAAAAUAGAAGACGAGUCCAAAAGCAACAUGAACAACGAUAGCAGGAAAGGUAAAGAUGCAUGCAUACUAAAAAAGGUGGCCGAAAAUGUGAAGGACAUAUCUUCGGUAGCGAAAAACCAUUUGAAGUUUCCCCUAUCAAUAAAUGGGAAGUUAACAGCGGGGGUAAGCAACGAUCUUGACUUAACCCUUAAUGGAAAAUCGAGCGUUGAAGUGGAUCACAAUGCGCCAAAAAAUGAGGCGAAGAUUGGCCAAGAAAAAAGGAGCAUUAACAAUUUCCCGUACAACUUUGAAAGCGUUGAGGGUUCAUCCUGGCCCUGCGAGAAUGAAAAAAGUUGCUACUUAAGUGGCAAGAAGAGCAAGAGUCUCAAUGGGGAAAUCGGCAAGGGUGCAAUGGGCAAAGCGGCAACAGGCAAAGGGACAACGAGUAAAGCGGCAAUAGGCAAAGCGGCAACAGGCAAAGCGGCAACAGGCAAAGCGGCAACAGGCAAAGCGGCAACAGGCAAAGCGGUAACAGGCAAAGCGGUAACAGGCAAAGCGGUAACUAACAACGCGUUAACUAACAACGCGUUAACUAACAACGCGUUAACUAACAACGCGGGAAUGGACAGCCAGAACGCAAGGGAUGUGCACAACUGGGACAGCUUCUUCACGUACGAACGGGAAAUCUGCAGAGAGUUAAAAGUAAAAUACAGCUGUGGCGCAAAAGGCAAAGGCGAAAGCAACAAUGGGGAUGACAACUACAUCGGAUCGACAUCCAAUAUUCUAGUUGUAAAAUAUGUGGACAUUUAUAACCUGGACACGUGCCAAAAUAUGAGAUUCGAGAAUAUCAUUUUUUUCAAAAAUUUUUUCCCAAUCCUGCUGCUGGUAGGGUACGCAGAUGGCAACGUGAAGCUUUUUUUAAUACUCUACGAGAAAAGCGACAAUGAACAUAACGCGGAGGAAUGCAUUCACAUAUGUGAAGAGUUGGGCCAUCUAUCUUUAAGCUCACCCAUAAUGUUUAUCGAUAUUAACUACAGGGACAAUAUAUUUAUCGUGUCCACAAUGAAUGGAGAUAUAUAUAUAUGCAAAAUAAAUAUCAACAAUCUCUCCAUAUUAACAGAAAAUGUUGAAUUAAAUCACUCAAUUGAUGACAUAAAAAAUCAUGUAAAAACGGACGAGAGAUAUAUUAGCAUUAUAAGAAAUUUAACCUAUCAUAAUAAGUACUCCAUCAAGUGUGUAUUUAAUGAGGAUUAUUCAUUUUUUUGUUCCAUAGCAAAUGAUAAGAAUUUAAUUAUUUACGAAAAAAUUACAAGUGGAAAUGAAAUGUCCGUAAUUUAUGAAAAAAAAAAAGUCAUAGGGUUGCCUGAAAUACCAACAAGUGUUUUGUGGGUCAAAGAAAAUAACAACAAAGAAAUGAUAAUCACCAGCAUGCUAAGCAGCAAUCAUGUCCUUUGUCUAAACAGCAAGACCUACAACGUAGAGAGUAAAAUUUACUUAUUUGAUGAAGCAGACAAAUAUAAUAUUCUCAAUUUAGAAUACAAUAAAAAUAAAAACAUUUUGGUGAUAUGCACGGACACGUCCAUCAUUUUUGUCUACUCCUUUGUUAGCAAAUCGAUUAUUAGAAAAAUUUACGGAUGUGUUUUAAAUUCCCUUUCCUUUCCAACAAUCGAGAUUGACAUUAACGGAAAUAACAUUUACAUCACGUCAGACGAUAAAGCGAAUGGUACCCACAUUUUAAUUUUUGACAUAAAAAGCGGCAACAUUAUAGACGUUAUAAAUAACGGCUAUAAAAUCAGAUGCUUUCAAUUGUUAAAAAGUUAUAUUUGCCCAUUUUCCAGUGAAACCAAUUCGAAUAACAUUGAGGAAAAUAAAAAAUCGUUGCUUAUCUUGGGAUCCUUUGACAAGAAAAUACAUUUUUACUCUAACUGA